CACGCCUUUUGUUUAGUACUUACGGCGUAGUGUGGUUUAUGAUCGUAGCUUUUUCAUUCAUGUGCUUUUCCAGUGAACUGUUUCCGACUUUGAUAACUGUUUUAAUAUCUAACAAUAGUAAAAAAGUAUCUGUAUUUUAAAUUUUAUAAAUUGCUUUGAAAUUGUACAAAAUUGUACAGUGUCGAUGGUAUUUCUAAUCUCACUUCUUGUUAUUAAUUGCAUUGAACAUCUGUAAUACUUGCAUCUAGAAUCUGAUAAACAAUUGACGCCGGCGCCAGUUUGUGGCUUUUAGAAUGAGGACAUGCCGGCCGACGACAAAAACCCGAUUUAUCAGUACACGUAACCGGCGGGCAUUUUUGUGUAAUUUGUCAUUGGCUGCGAAAGCGUCGAUAAUGGCCGGUGUAAUGGUUGCCGUGUGUAAUUAGCACUGCGCCAUCACCGCACAGGAUCUCGUAAUUGCAUCUUCACGGCACAGAGAGAAAAAGAACGCUGGCUUAUUCGGCUGACGAGACGCGGAAGCGCACUCGGUCAGUUCAUAACGCUGCACUUUUCUGCGGCAUACGCCGUUUACCCUUACGAGCUACGGUUUUCCGAUGAUUUUGCAUUAUUUUGGGCAUUUUUUAUCGCAUUAACUGCUCCCAUUUAUAUUCUAUAAUAAUUUAUUUUCGCUAGAAUAUAUAUAAAUAUUUUUAAAAUUAUAUAUAACUAUAAAAAAUUGUCGUUCGCAUUGUUUUUCGUCUGGAAUUUAUUUAUUCAUAAAAUGGAUUAACGGGAAAAAAUUGUCGGGAGUAUCCACGAACUGUUGGGGAAUAUUUAUUAUAAAAUGAAUUAUUAUUCGGCGACAAAAUGAUACGAUGGAAAUGGGGAUUGCUCCUCCUCCCGUUGCACUUAUCCUGUAUUUCUCGCAUCGCGGCCGUCUCGGAGGCCGAUCUCGAUGAGCAUCAGCAGUGCCAGGUGUCGACCGUGAACAGUAGCUGGCCCCUGCAGGCGGUGUGCCGGCCCCGCACGCGCUGCUCGUUGGAUAAACUCCUGCAGCCGGUGCGACUGUGUUUCUUUAGCAGUCGGCCGGUAUUUGCCCGCGCCCUCGAUGAUGCAGCGGAUGCCUUGUCGGUGGAAUCGGCGCGGACGUUGAUCGCCCGCACCGGGUCGGCGGGGGUGUGCUGCCGGGUGGAUAUGCCGGCGCCGGUGACGCCGCGGACGACCACCACCGCGAUGCCGGUGGAGCUGCUGACCAAUGAGAUUGCCGGGACAGCCGCUCUGAGCAUCCGCAAACCGGCCGUUCCCCUGCCCGACCAGGACCUGCUAGACAUCAUCCCCUACUCCGCCCUGAUCGCCAGUAAUCUGCUCUUCCAGAACAGCAACCGCAUCCGCAACCCCGACGGCAGUCUGGCCAGUCCGAAGAAGAGCUUCACCGCCGCCAACAUCGGCGAUCUCGGACUGGACUGCGGCCGGCGCAAUCUCUCCUACAAGAUGAUGCGGGUGGGCCGCAUUGUCGGCGGACUGCCGGCCGGCUUCAGCGACUGGCCCUGGGUGGUGAUGGUGCUCAACUAUGGCCGUCCGCGCUGCGGCGGAACUCUCCUGUCCAACUCCACGGUGAUCACCGCCGCCCACUGCGUCAGCGGUACUUUGCUGUACAACCUGACCGUCCGCGUGGGUAUGUUCAACACCAACGAGCGCCUGACGCUGCCGUUUCCGCCGGUGGAGCGGCGGGUCAGCGCCAUCGUCCGCCAUCCGGAAUUCGAUCUGACCACGCUACUGAACGACGUGGCCAUCCUGCACCUGAGCGAGCCGGUCAGCUUUGCGCCCAAUAUUAUGCCGGCCUGUCUGGCGUCGCAGGAGUACCCGCCCAGUACGCCGACCAUUAUUCUCGGCUGGGGCAAGGAAGGGGAAAAUAAUACGGUAUAUGAACUGCCGGAUUCGUUGCAAGCGGUGUCCGUGCCGGUGUAUAAUCGCAGCGAAUGCGCUACGUACUUCAACAAGCAGGGAUUGACCAAUCUAAUCGGGCCGCAGCAUAUCUGUGCCGGGUCGGACGAAGGCGGUCGGGAUGCCUGUCAGGGUGACUCGGGCGGGCCCAUGCUGCUGGCCAAUCCGGAAGGCCGCUUCGAAUUACUGGGCAUCAUCAGCUGGGGAUUCGGCUGCGGUGAGCCGCACAUUCCGGCCGUCUACACCAACAUCUUCUACUUUAAACGCUGGAUCAUCGACACCGUCAAGGCCCUCAUGACGCCCAGCAAAGACGCCGCAUAAAAUAUUUUAAUAGAUUCAAUCUGAGAAAAUUAGUUUUUGUUUGGAUAAUUAUUGAUCUCGUUGUUUGUUUCUGCUUGUGACAUGAUGAGAAAUGAAAAUUUGUUAUGUGAAAAAACGGGUAAUCCGAUCACAGACUGUGAUUAAGGAGGUUUUUCCGGUAUCGACAAACGUAAUCGCACUGUGCCGUUGUAAAGGUCAGUUUGCUAUCAGAUUAUGCUGACCGGAAAUUGUGGACUUUUACCAC